GUGCUCUCGGAACUCCAUUCCCCGCCGGCCCCCGCGGUCAGGCUGUGGCCCCUUCCUGCCGGGGUACAGGAAACCGGGCUGCCCCGAGUUCCGAGGCUUGGGGAAGGUUCCCACCUUGCCCCCUGAGCUCUGGAGGCGGAGGGCCUGGCCUGCUCAGCAUUUCACCCGCCAUAGAACUUUGAAAAGUGAAGGCCGUGCUCCCACACCCUGCCGCUGCUUUGCCAGCUCGGUCUACGGAACAUUCCAAAUCCUUUGUUGUCAUUUCUACAGUCUUCACAGCACCCUCACCAGGAGGCGAUUUCUUCAAAUCUGAGAUGCUGAUUCAUCUCGAGACACCACUUUCCCUGCUGGUCCCUAAGAAGCACGCUCCUCCGUUCAGAUCUGCGUGAGAUCGCAGCACCUCAGUCCCGUGAUCAGGCUCCACUUCAAUUCUCGCUCUCUUGCGGUCUCCACCACGUGUGCAGCCACGUCCUCCACCGGGGUCUCGAACCCCUCAGCCCUGCGUGGGGUUUACAUUAACUUCUUCCAAACGCCCCUUAGUGUUGGCAUUUUGACCUCUUCCCGUGAGUGUUCUCAAUGGCAUCUAGAUGGUGAACCCUUUCCAGGAGGUUUUUCAUUUACUGUGCCCGGAUCCAUCAGAGCCGUCACUCUCUAUGGGAGUAUAGCCUUGCGAAAGGACUGACUGCUGCAGUGCUCAGAGGCGGAGGAAAUGGCAGACCUGGACAGCGAUUCCAGGCAGCUUCUCGCCCCCGAGGCGGACCGUGAGGUACAUCCCGGGCCCAUGAAUAUCCAGUUUGAGUCAUCAGAUCUAAGGCCCAAUAGGCCUUUCCACGUGGAGCCCACCACCGUCCUCAGCGUGAGUGGCGUCCUGCAGCGGGUCAGCGACCGCGCCUCGGCCAUGAACAAGAGGAUUCACUACUACAGCCGGCUCUCGGCCCCCGCCGACCAGGCGCUGGUUGCCCCGGACCACGUGGUCCCGGCCCCAGAGGAGCGCUACGUGUACAGCCCGCUGGGCUCCGCAUACAAACUCCAGAGCAGCCCCGAGGGGUCCGGGAAGAACACCAGCCUCGUGACCAUUUUCAUGAUCUGGAACACCAUGAUGGGGACCUCGAUACUCAGUAUUCCUUGGGGCAUAAAGCAGGCGGGAUUCACGACCGGGGUGUGCGUCAUCCUGCUGAUGGGCCUGCUGACCCUGUACUGCUGCUACCGGGUGCUGCGGUCACGAGCCACGAUCCCGUCGGUGGACACCACGGCCUGGGAGUUCCCCGACGUCUGCAGGCACUACUUCGGCGCCUUCGGGCAGUGGUCCAGCCUGCUGUUCUCCCUGGUGUCGCUCGUCGGAGCCAUGGUCGUGUACUGGGUGCUCAUGUCUAACUUCCUGUUCAACACCGGGAAGUUCAUGUUUAAUUUUAUUCAUCACAUUAAUGACACAGAUGCGGCACUGAGUACCAAUGAUAGCAACCCUGUGACCUGUCCGAGCGCCGGCAGCGGCCGUCCCGACAAUGGCUCUGCCGUCUUCUCCGCCAACACCACGGGCCUGCAGCAGUUUGAGAGGUGGUGGGACAAGUCCCGGACGGUGCCCUUCUACCUCGUAGGGCUGCUCCUGCCGCUGCUCAACUUCAAGUCGCCGUCCUUCUUCUCCAAGUUCAAUGUCCUGGGCACAGUGUCCAUUGUCUACCUGACUUUCCUCGUCACCUUGAAGGCUGCUCGCUUGGGGUUUCACUUGGAAUUUCACUGGUUUACGCCAACAGAGUUUUUUGUACCAGAGAUGAGAGCUCGGUUCCCACAGCUGACCGGCGUGCUGACCCUCGCUUUCUUUAUCCACAACUGUGUCAUCACACUCCUGAAGAACAACAAGAACCAGGAAAACAAUGUGAGGGACCUGGCCGUGGCCUACCUGCUGGUGACGCUCACCUACCUGUACAUCGGGGUCCUGGUCUUCGCUUCCUUCCCGUCACCGCCGCUGCCCAAGGACUGCAUCGAGCAGAACUUCCUGGACAACUUCCCCAGCACUGACGUCCUGUCCUUCGUGGCGCGGAUCUUCCUGCUCUUCCAGAUGGUGACCGUGUACCCGCUCCUGGGCUACCUGGCUCGGGUCCAGCUGCUGGGCCACGUGUUCGGGGACCCGUACCCCAGCAUUUUCCACGUGCUGGUCCUGAAUCUGAUUAUUGUGGGAGCUGGCGUGAGCAUGGCCUGUCUGUACCCCAACAUCGGCGGGAUCAUAAGGUACUCGGGAGCCGCCUGCGGCCUGGCCUUCGUGUUCGUCUACCCGUCCCUCACCUACAUCCUCUCCCUCCGCCAAGAGGACCGCCUGACGUGGCCCUCGCUGCUCUUCCACGCCCUCCUCAUCGUCCUGGGCCUGGCCAACCUGGUGGCUCAGUUCUUCAUGUGACACUCCUGCCGCGCCCGGUCUCCACCCCGUGCGCCAGCCACCGCCGCGGAAAACCUGAGAACAAGGGCAACAGCCACCCACUCGCCCCUGAGCCGCGUGGCUCCGUGCGGGGAGGGGACGGUGGGGACGCUCUGUCUCCACCUGCCUCCUGUCACUCGCCUCCUCACUCUCACUGAGUCCUGGGCGGGAGGCGUGCCCUUGGGAGCGUCACGCUGUGUUGCUUUUAGAUGUGAGGUGGGCGGUGCGUUUGGCGACAACGAAGACUCUCAGGUGUCCCCGCCGGGACUCGGCUGUUCCAGGGCUCACUGCACUCCCUGCCGUUUUGUCACCUGAUAGACGAUGGUUGCAGUUUGCCUAAACCUUUACUGUUUGGGACAGUAAACCAAAUACCUCAUUUUCUAAAAAGACGUCUCCGUGGCAUCAGUGUUAAUAGACUGAAUUUUUAACCAUGAAAAAAGAAAGAAAAAGAAAUGUCACGAGGCCCCACGGCCACGAACUUUAUACAAAAUAAAUGAACUAAUGGAGUU